AUGCUGGAACGCGCAGCCGCCUUGGGCGUUUGCGUACGCCCACAUGUGAAAACGCACAAGACAAUCGAAGGUUGCACGCUGCUGCAGACGGGCGGACGACGAUCCCGCAUUGUGGUGUCCACCCUGACGGAGCUCAGGUACUUCCUGGAGCACAAAUUCAGCGAUGUGUUGUACGCAGUGCCGCUCGGCGUCGACAAGAUCCAGCCCAUCGUCUCGCUACAUCUCAACGAGAGCAACGACUUCCAGGUGCUAGUUGACUCGCCAGAGCUAUUGGAGAAGCUGCACACUGCACUUCGCACCUCCGAAUCACGAUGCCCUCUACCCGUGUGGAUCAAGAUUGACUGCGGGUAUCAUCGUGCCGGCGUGCAGGAUCCAGAGGAUGUGUUGGCAUUGGCCCAAUCUAUCAAAGAGCCGCUGACUACGCUUCGAGGCGUGUACACGCAUGCGGGUAUGUCCUACGGCUGCCGCCAUCCAGACCAGAUCCAAGAAUUGGCAGCAACAGAGCGGGACGCUGUCGUCGCUGCAGCAACACUGCUUCGAGACAACGGCAUCGCUGUGCCCGACGUGGGUGUUGGGUCCACACCAACAUGUAGCCACCCGCCUACAUCAGGGCUUGAAGGCGUCACUGAAAUGCACCCAGGCAACUACCUCUUUUAUGACGAGAUGCAGGCGCAGAUUUCCUCGUGCUCAAGAGAGGACAUUGCCGCUUUCGUCAUAACGCGGGUGAUUGGCGUGUAUCCAAAACGAAACCAAAUCUUGAUUGACGCGGGAUGGACAGCCACGUCUUCCCAGGGAGCAGAUGACAACUUUGGCGGAUUCAUCGAUCACCCAAACCUGAAGUUUGUGUCCAUGUCGCAGGAGACGAGUGUGCUGACGUCUAAUGAUGGCAGCCCUCUUCCUUUCGAAAACCUCAAGCUCGGCACCAUCCUUCGAAUCAGACCAUACCAUGCGUGCGCAACGUGCGCUAUGCACACGACGCUGCAUAUCAUGGAAGAUGGCAAGAUCACGACUGUGUGGAAGAACGAGUGCCGCUGA